AUGGACGUUUUGGAGAACUUGAGAAACUUCAAAAAGUGGUUCUCGGACCAUCGUCUCCAAUCCGACAGCUUUGCGGAGGACAUCCACAGAAUGGGCGACGAGAUUGUCGAUUGGUACCUCUACAAGGGAGUUACUCCGGUAGUGGUUUUUAAGAUCAAAAUUCUCGACUCAAUGCGAAGCCACUACGACAAUUCUCACGCUGGGGCUCUUACAACCCUUGUGGACUGGCUAACCCAUAUGGCCGGAGCCGCUGAUCCCGCUUAUUGGCCCAAGGACCGGCCGGCUACCGAGGAGGAUUUCAAGCGGGUGCAGCGUUCGCUGGGACUGUCCCGACGCCUUUCUUUGCAGUAUUUGAAGGAAGUCCCGCUAGGAGUCGAAGUUUUCGUUCAAUGCAUGCUACUUGAGAACACCAAGAGCCGCCAAUAUUUCGUGGUCGAGAUCUACGAUAAAGACCGGGUCUAUGUGCGAGGAACUCACGAUAAAAUCAAACUAUACAAGGGAAUUAAAAACCGAGACUCUAAGGAAUCUCGGGACGUCUUUGGCACCUCUUCUAAGCUGUAA